UUGCAACUUCAAUAUUGCCAUUCACCCUAGAAUCACGAACGAGAUCAAAACAUGAAGGUACUUAUCGCAUUCCUUUUCUGCUUAUCAUUAGCAGAAAGUUUUAAUUACACAAAUUAUUACCUGCUAAAGGUCAAGCCUCAAACAUCAGAUGGAUUAGACUUUCUGAAACAACUUGAAACCAAACACCCUUUCGAUUAUGACUUCUGGAUCCCUCCAUCAAAAUUGCAAAAAAAUGCUGAGGUAUUGAUGCCACAGUCGGCUUACAAUUCUAUCAAAGAUCAUAUGAAAAAGAUAGGCGUUAAAGUGAAAGUACUGUCAACAAAUAUCCAGAGUGAAAUUGACAAAGAGAAAGACGCGGACCGGAGUGUUGCAACACCAACCACCGACAAAUUUGUGUUUAUACAUGCGAUCGAGAGAGUGAUUAAGAGCUACGCAGACGGCUUCGAUCACGCGAGCUUGAAAGCCUAUGGAAAUCUCAUGAAGGGCGAAACCUUUACGCCAUCAAGUUUUCUACCGGCCCUGGAAAGAAGUCCAUUAUCGUUGAAGCAGGAAUACAUGGCCGCGAUUGGAUCUAUUGCAUCAACUUUGAAAGUCAUUGAACACAUGGCAAAAAAAUACAAAACCGACCAAGAUGUCCAGAUAAUGGUGAACAAUUUCGAUUGGGUGUUCAUUCCCGUUGCAAAUCCUGAUGGUUACCACGUGACAUAUUCGCAAGAUAGACUGUUUAAGAAGAAUAUGAAACGUGAUCCUAGUGGUACUCGCUGCGUCGGAGUAGACUUGAACAGGAAUUUCAACGCUGAGUGGGGAAAAGAAGGGUCCAUUUCAGAUCCAUGCAAUCGUGCAUAUUGUGGCCGAAGGGCUUUCUCGGAACCGGAAACCGUAGCCCUUUCGAAACUCGUUCGAUCCACCCGCAAUAAAUUGGCAUAUUUCUCUGUCCACGCUUACUCCCAGUAUCUACUUGUUCCUUAUGCAAGUAAAAGCAAGAAACCAGAAAACUACCAACACUUGAUGGACGUGGCUGAAAAAGUUAAACAAGCAAUUUACGAAGACAGCGGAAGCAGAUAUUUUGUGGGCACACCUCCUGAUGUCUUUUAUCCUUUCACAGGGAGCUCCUUCGACUGGGCCAAAAUGGUAAUGGGCAUCAAGUACGCUUACAAUUUGAAGAUGGGCCCACCGUCUUUCAACGGCAAGGGUUUCAUUGUACCAGAAUCCGAGAUAGAGGCAAACUACCUGGAACUUUACACUACCCUCAAAACUUUUUCUGAUCACUUAGAGAAAUAAAAAAAAGGUUUUAUUUAAUAAAGAAAUGAAUUUAUGCUGAAACAUAAAA